AUGUAUGCGGUACCUCCGCCGAAGAGUUCUGGUCCGACCGGUGGUGCCGCCGAUGGCACGGAGUUGCUACGGACUUAUCAGACCUGGAAAGGCAGCAAUAUACUAUGUGAGGCACUCUCAAUAUUUACUGGAAUAUGCCUCAUCAUUGAACAUAAAUGUCCAAAUAGCUGUGAAAACACAUUUCCAGUAAUAAACCUUAUAUGCUUGGAGCGUGCAAAAAAUAACCUUCGGAGUUUCAUCAAAAAUAGCCUUCCUGAAAGAUAUUUGAACGUGUUAGUCCUUCUUCUACUGACAUCUGGAAGAGAUCCUGGCAUAAUUCCUCGCAAUGCACACCCUCCAGAGCCAGAAAGUUAUGAGGGGAGUGCAGAAGUUGGGCCUGGCCAAACUCCACAAUUGCGUUUGCCUCGCAUCAAGGAUGUCAUUGUUAAUGGAAUUACUGUGAAGAUCAAAUACUGUGAUACCUGCAUGCUUUACAGACCUCCACGUUGUUCACACUGUUCGAUAUGCAAUAAUUGUGUGCAACGAUUUGAUCAUCACUGUCCUUGGGUUGGACAAUGUAUUGGAUUGGUGUUAGUCCUUCUUCUACUGACAUCUGGAAGAGAUCCUGGCAUAAUUCCUCGCAAUGCACACCCUCCAGAGCCAGAAAGUUAUGAGGGGAGUGCAGAAGUUGGGCCUGGCCAAACUCCACAAUUGCGUUUGCCUCGCAUCAAGGAUGUCAUUGUUAAUGGAAUUACUGUGAAGAUCAAAUACUGUGAUACCUGCAUGCUUUACAGACCUCCACGUUGUUCACACUGUUCGAUAUGCAAUAAUUGUGUGCAACGAUUUGAUCAUCACUGUCCUUGGGUUGGACAAUGUAUUGGAUUGAGGAACUACAGGUUCUUCUUCAUGUUUGUCUUCUCAGCAACUCUUCUUUGUUUAUAUGUACAUGGUUUUUGCUGGGUGUACAUUAAAAGGAUUAUGGACGGUGAGAGAACAUCAAUCUGGAAUGCAAUGACCAAGACUCCUGCCUCCAUCGUGCUGAUAAUUUAUACUUUUAUAGCAGUCUGGUUUGUUGGUGGUCUUGCUGUCUUUCAUCUCUACCUCAUUAGUACAAAUCAGUCUACUUACGAAAAUUUUAGAUAUCGAUAUGAUCGAAGGGCCAACCCAUAUAACAAAGGAGUAUUUGGGAACUUUAAGGAGAUGUUCUUCACCAGCAUUCCAGAAUCCAAGAACAAAUUUAGGGCAAAGGUGCAGAAAGAGCCUGGAAUUCCGCCCCGGGUUGUGAGUGGUGGUUUUGUUAGCCCAACCUUGGGGAAAGCCAUGGGCGACAGAGAAAUGGAAAGGAAGCUAGCCUGGAACGAGGCUGCAACCGGAGCAGGUGACUUUGAGAGACAGCUAAGAAAUGAUGAUAGUCUUGACACUGAUGGUGAGUUUACCGACGUGUCUCCAGAUCUUAGCGGGGCCGUUCCUGUUGAGGGCACAGAAGAACGAAGUACCCUACAUCCUAGACGCUCUAGUUGGGGAAGAAGAAGUGGAAGCUGGAAUAUACCCCCUGAUGUUGUCGCAUUGGCAUCUGGAGUUGGUGACUCGAAUCGGAUCACUGGUGUCAACAGUGGCAGCUCAACAAUAGAAAAUCGACAAUGACGGCCUAGUUGGAUGCUGUAAAAUUAACAGGGAGAAAGAAUGGCAGCAAAAAGAUGGAACGAGAGAGAGGGAGAGGGAAAAAAGGGCAAAAAAGAUUUGGAUAGUGUGAGGAUUUGGAGUGGGCUUGAGUGGGGUUGUUUGGUGUGUAUAUCUUCUUUUUCUUUUUUCUUCUUCUUUUUUUUUUGUUGGGAGGGGGGAUGAGGUAUCUGCACCAUUUUAUUUGUACAAGGAUUUAUGAGACUGAAUGCCACAGUAUCUUCUUAAUUUUAAUAUUUAGUUUCUCC